UUAUUAUUUUAAAUUUUGUUGAUAUGGCAACAUUCUAACGGCUAGGAAAAAAAUAGUUUGACCUAGUCUGUGGUCGAAAAUGGCAGCAAGUCGUCGCAAGCAGGAUGAUAAAAAUUUAGCUACUUUACGUGAACUUAUUUCUGUGAACGGAAAUAAAUAUUGUUUUGAUUGUAAUCAACGGGGACCAACCUAUGUUAACACAACGAUUGGUUCAUUUGUGUGCUCAAAAUGUUCGGGAAUGCUGCGUGGUUUGACACCACCUCAUCGAGUGAAGUCCAUAUCAAUGACCACUUUCACCGACGACGAGAUGGAGUUUAUCGUACACCGAGGAAACGACCACUGCAGGCGCCUGUGGCUCGGCCUGUACGAAGGUGAAAGUGUGAACUAUGCGGACGAACAAAGCGUUAAAGAUUUUAUGUCGGACAAGUACGAAAAGAAGCGCUAUCAUUUGGGGGCGCGAGAUGGGCACAUCAAGAUCAAUGUCACGAGAAAUGGGGUGUCAUCGAAAAACAAAGAGAAAAGUAAAAGUGGAGGUGCGGCGACCGAGUCCCUGAUAUCCAUCUUGCCGCCGGCGUCCAAAGGCUCAGCUAGUAAUGGGCCCGCCAGCACGGCCAAGGUUGUGAAUAAUUUGUUGGUGAAUGAAGUGAGCCAUAAGUUGGCCAGGCCCGUCAAUAACUCAACCAAUCCAAGUACCUUUGGCCAGCCAUUCCUGGGCCAGCUGGCGCCUCCAGCCCCGCCCGCGCCCCCGCAACCCUCUGUACCUGAUUUUCCUGUAGACUUCUCAACUGCUAACAUUUAUAAUAGCAGCCAAGUGAACAGCAGUGCAAACAACAACAAUAAUAAAAAUACCAUGAAUGGCAACAAUAUUACCAUGAACAACAACUUUGAGACGCAGCCUUUCCCCACUGCAUUCAGUGCCGGAAGCCCGCCAACAUCUUCUGCAAAUGACCGCUAUGCUGCUUUAGCUGAUCUGGACCAUGCCCUAAGACAGCAGAAUAUGAAGCAUUUGGAAGAAAGCAGUGCACCUGAAGUGAACCGAAAUCCAUUCCAAACUUCUACAAGUAGUGACUUCUUUGGGAAAAACCCAUUCUUCAAUGGUGGAUGGAGUCCGGCACCCAGUGCUCCAGUCAAUCCGUUCAUGCAACCUGCCCACAACGGGGGCUUCGUGCACUCCAACAACCCCUUCCUGUGAGGGACCUCGCUGCAGUAAGCUAAGCUAUGAGUCAAAGAACAAAGGAACGCAACAAAAGCACAAACCAAGCUACAAAUUUAUUAUUAUUAUUUUUGUAAAAUAGGUAAAUUAUUUAUGUAAUCUUUUUGCCAUAGACUUUGAUGCGCUUACUAUGGUUAUACAUAUAUAUAACUUUUAACAGAAGUGCCUCUAAAUGCCUUAACUUUUGAGUAAUUUACAUUAAAAUUUGAUCGCAACACUUGUAUUUUGUAGGUGUUUCGAAUUAAAAUAGUGGUAUUUAACAAUCAGUAUAUGCCUAAGUGAGAUUUGUAGGAUUUAUGGAAAAUGAAAUGUUUUUUCUAAAUUGCUUAGUUACAUAAGUUUCGAUAUACAGUUGUUUUUAGAUAUUGUUAUAGAUAAGCCACAAAUUCAAGACUUGAUAAUGUUUAAAAUUUGGCUGGUGCCUUAAAUUGGAAUAAUGUUUAGCACCUAGUGGUAGAGUAAGGGAGUUAGAAGUGAGUCACCGCCGAAAGGAGGCCUUAUGGCUUGUGAAACAUGUAUUAGCUGUGCACAGUAUUACUGGAUCUAUUCAACAAUUGGGAAAAGGAAAGUGCCUUAAAAAAUUAUAGUCAUAUGACAGUGGAAACCUGUGAGGCGACAGGCACACUGCAAAUUCGAUUUAACUAUAUUAUUAUUUUAUUGUUGAAACUGUGCACAGUAUAUACAUGGUGUUACAUGCUUUAGUUGUCCCUGUGAUUGUCACAAGUACGCAGUAGUCAGUAAAAAUGGAUUUAUUAAUAUUUUUGAAUGGGAGGCAUCUUUUUAAAUAUUUUUUCCAUGUUAUGAAGCUAAUUACAUUCGAAAUGGUGAAACUAAACUCCUGUGCUUAUGUCAGCUUCACUCAGUUUUCUAUAAAUAAUUAAUGUUACAGUAACAACCUGAGCUCUCAACUUUUCCAUAUCUGUGAUGUAAUAAUAUAAUCAGUAAUCUGUCUGCCGAUGUUAGGUGGCACACGCAAUAGGCUGAUUUGAACAACAUUUUUAAUUGAUGCACUUGACUAUUUAUUUAGUUUUAAUUCUAAUUGUUUUUUUUAUACUUUUGUGCACUAAGAUCUGUUAUUAUUAGUAUGAAAGGUGUAAAAAUAAUCACUAUUAAAUUUUUUAAUAAACUUU